GGCAGAGAAUUAUGGUGAUGAUAAACACUGUGAUUGAAGCUAUUAAUGAAAUUACCACCAAUUAUGAAUCUCUUCGUGACCAGUUAGACCAUUUAACAGAAACAGAUUCCAUAGCCACAUUAAGAUCUGAACAAUUUAAUACCCUGUCUUCACAUAUAUCCAUUUCCUUUCACACUUCUUCCAGUGGUUCAAGCCAAUUAUCAUUUUCCAAUAUUAUCUCAACAACCUGGAACGAAUUCAAAAUUAUUUUUGAUAGGAUUAUGGCGGAAAAUAAUUAUUCUUUAGAUGAUAUGUGUAAUACAGUAUCUGUUGAAAUUCGUGGUCUUGGGGUGGGAAAGAUUAGUAAGGAGACGGUUCUUGGAUAG